AUGUCGAAAGGCUCAGGGGGUCCCAGGCUGCCCAGCUGGCAGCUGCAAAUAAACGCCCGUGGGCGAACGUCAGAGGAACUGCCAAGGCUCCUGAUGGGCCUGGGGCCGCGGGAGGGACCCAGUGGGCUGAGGGUGUCCACGAAGCGUCAGGUCCUUGGGCAGCCUGGGUGGCCCCGGGGUGUCCUGGACCUUGAGAGAGCAGCCACGUCCAGGGAGGGCACGUCCUGGAGGAGCACCCGUAGGGUAUCUGGGAGCCGCAGGGGCCAGGCCAGUGCCAUGGGCGGGAGGCAGGCUGGGGGCUGUCCCCACAUGCCAGGACUAGGAGCUCUCAGCCCUGCCGUCCCUGCGGACACUUCACAGGGCAUCCAGGCAUUUACAGACGUCUGCAGGACGGACAAAUGCUGCAGCGACCCCGUGUCUGGCCUGCGGGUAGACACAGAGGCCUCGCUUUUACCCUGGCGGGAGGUCAGCGUCCAGGAUGGUAGCGGAGGGCCAGGCAGGCAGGGAGGGUCCAGACCCGGCCCCCACGUCCCAGUCAAGAAGCCCCCGCAGACCGUCACCGACUCCCCCAUGCUGGCCAGACUCCGGGCCCUGCUCCCAUUCAGCCCCCACUGCUGCCUGCACGCAUCUCCCCAGGACGGGGUCCCCAGGGGUGACUUCGGCAGAGGCCCCGCGGCCCCCAGACCGGUACACUCCAGGGGAGCAGCGGCCCCAGGCGGGAGGUGGACUCAGGCGGGGACGGUGAGGCACAGGGCGGGGGCCCCCGGCCACGGCGUGCAGCUCCAGAGCAGUGUGCCUGCCCGUGUGGCCUGCGGUCCGGGAGGAGACGCUAUCAGGCCUGGCAUCAGUCGAAACCUGAGCGCCCCAGCUGCGUCGGCCGGGCACAGCCUUCAAAAGGGGCGCACGGCAGGAAGAGAGGGCCCUGCAGCAGCCCGUGACAUCUGCACCCGCCCCCACCUGCCGGCACCUCCGCCGCGGCCUCAGAAAGAGCUGCCCGCAGGGAACGGGCCAGGGGCAGGCGUCCUGCCACAGGCUCGCUUGGCGGGAGGGGCAGCCGUGAUCCGCAGGCCCCCGGCUGGCUGGUCUGGUGGGGAGACAGCUCGGCAGAGAGAAACGGCCGCUUCCUGCGGCCACAGCUGGGCUGCAGAUAAAGGGCGGCCGGGAGCCCAGCCGACCACCCGGGCUGCCUCCCACCUGAUCCCCCGGGGGCAGCCACAGACUCAGCCCGGCCCCCAGCUUCCCACAGCCACCACCCAGCAGGGCACCCUCCCCCCAGCCACCGCUGCAGCCUCUGAGCCCACCCUGCAGCCUCGGGGGGCCGGGGGAGGUGAGGGUGGACCAGCCAGACACAGGACCCGGGCUUCCCCGGAGCCCUGGGGGCCCAGCUUCCCCGAGGCCUCCAGCCGGGCCCCGAGCACGCCGACCCCCGCUUCAGCCCAGGGUCCCAUCCAGGCCUGUGCGGGCAGGACCUGUCUGGAGGACGGGCGGGCAGCCCAGAAGGAGGGGCCGCAGCCAGGCGGGGCAGGGGGUUCUGCAGGGCCUCUGCCCUUGGCACCAGGGGCAGACGUCCGCCCCGAGGGAAACGGAGGCAGACGGGGGUCCUCUGCCCCUCAGGGCGAGUCCCGGCGCAGAGUGGGGUCUGGGUGCGCGGGUGGACACAGGGCGGGCCGCGGCCACCCCCACCCUGUGGACGCCGGGUGGGCCGCUGAUAAGGAGAGACAGUUGUCAGAGUCACAGGGCGCCGCUGAUAAAGAGACAAGCAUCUCCCAGUGGGCGGAGGCGCUGGGAGGGGAACCCCCGGGGGUGCCCACAGCUCGGGUGGAAACACUGAGGCUGUCGGGCCGGCAGGGCGCCCCCCACCCGCCCCCGGCUGGAAACCCUCACAGCGAAUCCAGGGGCCAGGCCUGGACAGGGGCGGCCAGCCUGAGGUGCCCACAGGCACGAGUGUGGACGUUGGCGGCUCCCGAGGCCACCCUGGGGGCAGGGCUGAGCCGGGACCCAGGCCCACCCUUGAGGCUGCAGCUCAGAGGCCCCCGGGGUGCUGGGAACGGGGAGCUACAGAGACAUACCCCUGGGGGCACCGAGAAUCUGACCUCGGGCUCUCAGCCAAGUGCAGCUCUGAGUCCUGCUGCGCUCGCCUCCGCUCCCUGCCCACCCUGUGCUGCCUGGCGGCCUGCUGAGGGCCCCGCACCCCGGGGUGUGGGCAGCCUGGAGCCGGUCCACCGUGGGCCCCGCGCCCCGGGGUGUGAGCUGCCGGAGCUGGCCUCCGCGCCUUCACACGAGAAGCGGGAGGAGCAGCUUUACGAGCGGGAGGCGGGCGCAUUCCUCCCGGGACCGAGGGGCCGGCUGCCCCCAGAGCCCCGAGCACCCCUCCCCAGCCCACCUGUGGACACCACGUGCUCCAGAGCGGGCACGUCACCCGACCUGCGUGCCCGGGCCCCCCGGGCCAGGCGGGGCCCACUGCCGCAGCCUCUGCUUGCACACCUCCAGACACGGGGCGAUCCGCCCCCAGCCGAGACAAGCAGCCCCUCACGGGGGGACGCCACGGGCUCCGAGUCUGCACCUGCAGCUCCCUGCCCCCAGGGCUGGCCUGCGGGGCGGCAUCCCCCAGCCAGCACCUCCGAGAAGCCCACCCUGCCCUCAUCCCCCCGAGACGCCUCGGCUGCCAUCGGCCACUGCCUGAGGUUCUUUGCUUCAUUGAUUCCUUUGACCAGUAACAGGACUGAGGUCUCCUGCGUGCUGCCCGGGGCCUCGGGGCCUCUUGGAAUGGCCUGCCCCCUCUGA